UGACCAAAGGGAAGUAACUGUUCAACGUCCUAUGGGGAGAUACGAACAACAAGAAGUACAAGACUUUGAUCGAGUGUUGUGUUAAAUACAAGGCGAUUCCAGUUGAUGAAGACCACACUUAAUAGUUAUUUACUUGCCAUUGUUUAUAUUCUCCGGAUAUCAACGAAGGAAACCAACAUAGAGACCAGCUCAGGUCAAACUUUUAGGUAAAAAAUGACCGAUGCACAACAAAGACGACAAAAAGAAGCAAGAGAACAUAUAAGCAAGGCAGAAAAAUGUUUGAAGACAUCAUUUAUGAAAUGGACUCCAGAUUUGGACGGAGCCGCUUCCGAGUAUACUCAAGCAGCUACUUGUUAUAGAAAUGCCAAGAUGUUAACAGAGGCUAAACAAGCAUACAUUAAAACAGCAGAAGUACAGUGCAAAAUGAAUUCACCAUUUCAUGCGGGAAAAUCAUAUGAACAAGCAGGACUCAUUGCUAAAGAGAACAAGGAGAUUGAAGAUUGUGUCAAUAUGCUAACCAAGGCAGCUAGAUUGUUCCAAGAGAAUGGCACUCCUGAUACAGCGGCAUUAACUUUAGAGAAAGCAGCGAAAUCUGUAGAACUUUCUCAUCCGGUUAAAGCGGCAGAAUUGUACAGAAAUGCUUGUGAAAUUUCCGAGCUUGAAGAUAACCCAAGAAGAUGUGCUGAAUUCAUUGGGAAAUCAGCAUUAUUAUUAAUAAAGGAACAAAGGUAUGACGAAGCGUUGGAGGCUUUGAAGAAAGAAAUUGACUUCCAUGCUCAGAGUGAGAACUUUCCAAAGAUUAACAGAUGUAUGGUUGGUGUAGUUCUAGUUUAUUUGUAUAAUGGGGAUCCAGUUGAAGCAGGGAAAUUCUUCCAACAGUCAAUGAGCCAUGGUACACUUGGAGCUUCAGAGGAAGCUGGGAUUAUUGAUGAACUAUUGUCUGCUUAUAAUGAUGGGGAUGAGGAAAGUGCUGUAGAGGUUUUAACCAGACCUUACAUCAAAUUUAUGGAUAAUGCUUUUGCAAAAUUAGCCAAGUCUAUGGUUAUACCUGGGGGCAUAGGAAAGAAGACAGGUGGUGGUAAACCAGUCUCAGAGACUGAAGGAAAGUCAAGGGUUCAAAUAGAUGAUGAUGAGGAUUUUGAUGGAGGACUAACGUGAUAAAGUCUUAAAAUGAUUAAUUACAAAUGUAUCACAAUUAUC